CUCGGCAACCUUGCCCAUCACCCUGAAGUGUCUCCUGGAAAACAACGGAAUAGACAGACGCGUGGCACGAUUCGUCCUCCCCGUCGGCGCCACCAUCAACAUGGAUGGCACGGCACUGUACGAAGCGGUCGCUGCUAUUUUUAUUGCCCAGGUCAAUGAGUAUGACUUGGAUUUGGGACAAAUUAUAACGAUAAGCAUAACAGCAACAGCAGCGAGCAUAGGGGCUGCCGGGAUCCCCCAGUCCGGACUCGUUACGAUGGUCAUCGUGCUGACUUCUGUUGGGCUGCCGACCGACGACAUCACACUCAUCAUCGCCAUCGACUGGGCUCUGGACCGAUUUCGAACUAUGACCAACGUCCUUGGCGAUGCUCUGGCUGCUGGCAUCAUAGCACAUGUCUGUGAGAAAGACUUUGCCCCAAAGCCCCCCACGCAAGAUCCAGUAAGCAACACGGACAAACUUCCUUCUGUGGAGACCUCACAUCUGCAUCCCAAAGAUAACGUGAUUGAAAUGAUUGAAGAAACUUUGUUCGAUCAGACAGGAGUUCAUUAUAACAUCUGUCAGGUGUAG